GAUGGCGGUGCCCAUGACAGGUCUGGCACAUUGACAUCGGCUCGGUUUGUGCAGUAUUUACUCUCCGUGUCCGGAGUCUGGAGAGCCUUUUCAGCAGAUGACGUUUGUGGAAAUCCUCCUCGCUGAACAUUUAAUGAAGUGAGUCGCAGGUCAUGGCUCUUCACAGAUUGUCCUUAAGGCUACGGCCAACGGUAACCCGCGUAAGGUCCCUUCACAGCGGUGGAUGCAGGCAGCAGCAGGAGGCUGUGGCUGUAGACUCGGAACCUGAACCUUUCUCAGUCUUCAGGACACGGGAGAGCGACCCGGCAUGUCAUUCAGAGAAGCACCUCGGACAGCACUACACUCUGCCCUCUGCACAUAUCCGCACGCUGUUCCCUUCAGGCCUCCCUUGGCGCUAUCAGCAACAGGUGAAGACAUUUAACGAAGCUUGCAUCAUGGUGAGGCAGCCAAGCCUUGAGGUCAUCUCUUACCUGAAAAAAACAGACUACAGCAAACCUGCUCUGCGAUAUUUAUUUUAUGGGCAGAAGGGUACUGGGAAGACGAUUUCUCUCUGUCACACGGUCCACUUCUGCUACACACAGGGAUGGCUGGUGCUUCAUAUUCCUGAUGCUCAUCAAUGGGUGAAGAACUGUAAGGAGCUGCUGCCUUCGUCCUAUAAUGCGUCGCGCUUUGAUCAGCCAUUACAAGCCACGACAUGGUUACGCAACUUCAGGCUCACCAACGAACGCUUCCUUUCAAAGAUAAAGACAAAGCAUCGCUACAUGUGGACAAAGAGAGAGUUCACCGAGGAGGGAAGUCUGUUAGGAGAGCUGGUGGAUCAGGGUGUAUCUCGUGUGAAGAGCAGCAGUGAUGUUGUGGGGGCGGUGAUGAAGGAGCUGAGGCUGCAAAGCGGGCAACCGGGUUCAGACUUCCGCUUGGCUGUGGCAGUGGAUGGUGUCAAUGGCCUGUGGGGAAGAUCCACCAUCAAGAAGGAGGAUAAGAGUGCUGUCGAUCCAGAGGAGCUCACUUUGAUUUAUAACCUGAGGAAGCUCAUGAGGAACGACUGGACUGGAGGCGCCAUUAUCGCCACUCUGUCCCAGACGGGAUCGCUCUACACCCCCAAAUCUGCCUACUUGCCUCAAGAGCUGCUCGGAGAGAGAGGGUUUGACAGCAUGGAUCCAUUCAUUCCCGUUUCUGUGCCCAACUACAGCGAGAAGGAGUUUGAGAGCUGUUACCUCUACUAUAUGGACCGCCACUGGCUGCAGCACCCACAGAGUCGAACUGAGGAAGGGAAGAAAGAACUCGUCUUCUUGAGCAACAGGAAUCCAUCAAUGUUGGACAGAAUUUGUGGCUUCUUAUGAGGAUGCACACACACUAUCAGUCUACUAGAAAUACAAAAACAUACAAUGUCCAUAUCUGUAAUAUGUAUACCGUUGUAAACUAUGAUGCAUGCGUGCUACUUUGAUAAAUAAAUG